UGGUAAAGUUGUCAAAUGAUAUUUUUUCUUGCAUUUAUUUCAGCAUCCCCCAAGACGCUCGAAUUUAUCAAAACCGAACUGGUUGGCGAAAAGAAGAAUGUCGCUUUGAUUACGCUGAACCGCCCAAAGGCUCUGAAUGCCCUGUGCAAUGGUUUGAUGAACGAAAUCAGCCAAGCAUUGGAUCAGUUCGAGCGGGAUGAUACUAUUGGCGCUAUUGUCAUCACUGGCAGCGAGAAAGCCUUUGCCGCUGGUGCCGACAUCAAGGAGAUGCAGAACAACACCUACGCCAAGUGUAUUACCGGUAAUUUCCUGAAUAACUGGACCCGUGUCGCUCAGGCCCAAAAACCGGUCAUUGCUGCCGUCAAUGGCUACGCAUUGGGAGGUGGUUGCGAAUUCGCUAUGAUGUGCGAUAUUAUCUACGCUGGGGAUAAGGCCAAAUUCGGUCAACCGGAGAUCGCUCUUGGAACAAUUCCCGGAGCCGGAGGUACCCAGCGCACUACUCGUGCCAUGGGCAAGUCCAAGGCCAUGGAAAUGUGCUUGACCGGUAAUAUGAUCAAUGCUGAGGAAGCCGAACGCUCUGGACUGGUCAGUAAGGUCUUCCCAGCCGAUAAGGUUGUCGGUGAAGCUGUCAAACUUGGAGAGAAGAUUUCCAGUUUCUCGCCACUAAUUGUGCAAUUGUGCAAAGAAGCCGUAAAUACUGCUUAUGAAAGCACCCUGAAUGAGGGUCUGAAGUUCGAGAGACGUCACUUCCAUGCCACCUUUUCUACCAAGGAUCGGCUGGAAGGUAUGACUGCGUUUGUGGAGAAGCGUGCACCAAAAUUCACCAACGAAUAAAUGUCCAAAAAUCAUCUACGAAUUUGGCGUCUCAGGACAUAACACGUGUGCCCGAUAGGCAUUUGAGUCUACUCGAGCAUUUUAUGCAUUUAUUAAUUGUUAGGCAUUUUCGAUAACCUUUGAGGUGUAACCGUAUCAGAGUGGAAAUAAACUGUUUAGCUAUUAUUUUGUAUUAAUAUAAA